GGUGUGUGCUCUUUAUUAGCUGCUCAGGUGAUGGUUAGCUAACCACUUUGUGUGGAAACCAAUAACGUACACUAACGUUAGCUUACCUUGUUUAGUCAGGAUUUAGAAGGCUAGGUUUGCUUUUCUCAAUGGAUUUUAUAGCAUAUCGUUUUACUUGUGGUUUACGUUAGUUAAUAUAAUCACCAGACAUUUGGAAGGACUCUCCUGGAAUUAAAGACGGUGGUGGUAGGAUGGAAGCGGAGCUGGGAGCUGACAGCGCCCGCAGAAAGAUGGAGGCGGCGGGCGAGGUGCUCGAGAUCGUGCCGCUGGAGAUGUAUGAUUCAGCCCGGGCUAAAAUAGCGGCAAAUCUGCGAUGGCUCUUCGCCAAAGCCUUCGGUAUCGAUCACAUCCCAGAGGACCUGCGAGACCCUUUCUACACGGACCAGUACGAGCAGGAGCACAUCAAGCCUCCUGUCAUCCACUUGCUGUUGUCCUGUGAGCUCUACUGUCGGGUAUGCGCCCUCAUUCUUAAAGGAGACCAAGCGGCCUCCCUGCAGUCCCACCAAUCGGUCAUCCAGGCUCUGUCUCGCAAAGGCAUCUAUGUCAUGGAAGGAGAUGACACGCCUGUCUCGGACGCUGAUCUGAACUGCCAGCCAAUUAAAAUGAGUUCUCAUAUUCCCAUGAUCGAUGCUUUGAUGAUGGCUUACACCGUGGAGAUGAUCAGUAUCGAGAAGGUUGUGACCUGUGUGAAGCGGUUCUCCACAUUUAGUGCCUCUAAGGAACUGCCCUUUGACCUCGAGGAUGCUAUGGUCUUCUGGAUCAACAAGGUGAACCUGAAAAUGAGAGAGAUCACAGAGAAGGAACACAAAUCAAAGCAACAUCUGCUGGAAUCCCCCAGUCACCAGAAGUCUCCCUCAAAAUGGUAUUGGAAACUAGUACCUGUACGUUAUCGGCGGGAUCACGCCUCGGGUAGACAGCUGCCUUACUUCCCAAUGCUGGAGGAUCUGAUCCGGGACGUGUGUGAUGGUGCUGCCCUACUGACCAUAGUCCAUUUCUACUGCCCAGACCAGAUGAAGCUUGAUGAUAUCUGCUUGAAAGAGGUGACCUCAAUAGCAGACAGCCUUUAUAACAUCCAGCUGCUGAAGGAGUUUGCCAUCGAGUACCUCAACAAAUGCUUCUAUUUGACUUUGGAGGACAUGUUGUAUGCACCUCCUGUGCUCAAGCACAAUGUCAUGGUGUUUAUUGCGGAGCUCUUCUGGUGGUUUGAAAUAGUCAAACCUGAAUUUGUCCAACCACGUGACGUUCAAGAAUUUAAAGAUGCAAGAGCAAUGACACAACCCAAGAGCGCCAGGCCUGCUGUGCCUAUCUCCAACGCCACCAAACGUAGCUUUCUGGUGUCUCCUGUUGCAGCCGAUCCAACUCUCCCUGUCCAGAACAGCCCGGAAGUUUGUAACAGGUACUUCCUGCAUCCUGAAGAAUCUGAGCCUCUUAAUAAGGGGAAUUCCGGCUUCAGCCCCUCUCAUCCACUUUUGCCAUUGAGACAAAGACAGAAGAAGACUCCAUCGGGGGACGAGAACUCGGCUUGUAGAAAUCGCUCCAACUCUUUUACGCAAGAAGGUCAAGCCAGAGGAUCCAUGGCUUGGUCAGACAAAAGGCAGAGGCCACUGUCACAGCUAAACCGGUAUGUUCUCCACUCUGCUACGGACAGUGAUGCUGACUUGGCCUCAGGCGACAGCGUUAGCCUAGCUUGCUCCAUUAGUGAGGACAGUCUGGCCUCCACUGUCACACCCAAACACCAGAACCAUUCGAGUCAGGCCAGUGUUAGACGAGUAAAUGGUCAUAGUUUAUUGGGCAACGUAAACAUGGAUGAAGAGGAUGAGCUGGCAGCUAUUGCCAGGGCAGAGUCAUCUAAGAAUGACAUCACCCUGACAAACUCUGAGGACCCAGAGUGCCAGAGUCCCACCCUUGGUGCUAAAACAGGCAUUUGGGGAAGACCAGAAGAGGCAUCCUCUGAUUCUCAAACUGCCAGUUUUUUCCUGGAACCUCUGAUGCCCGCAGUUCUCAGAUCAGCGAAAGAGAAGUCCAGUUGCCUAAAUAAAGAGGAAGAGUAUGGAGAAGUGCGGCAGCGAGGGCCUGCUCGGAGAGCUGCGGGAGAAGACAGCCUUAAUUCAUCUUCCAGGCGGAGACCUCCAAACACCCUUAACCGAACCUUUACCCCAAACACCAGCUCUGAGUUUGACACGAAUUUUGAACCCAAAUCCAGUGAAUUCUUGCCUCCAGCCUCACAAGCAUUCAGACCACUGGUGACUAGUAGCGUUGAGCCGUCUGCUGAUCGCUUACCCGGGUUUUACCUUCACCAAUCUGUGCCUGAGGACAAGAGGCCUGUCCAAGCACUGGACGUACACCAAGUUUCUGAUAUAGAAACCGUGGAGACCAUCGAAGAGCAGGAUGCAGAACUCACCAAAGAGCUCCAUCCAGACAAGAAACAGUUACGUGAGGAGGACGAAGAGUCUGCCAAACUGCGUGAAGACAUGAACGUGAAAGAACAUGAGAACAAGGACGGUGGCAGCAGGUGUUCCAGCCCAGGUCAGCAAUCACAAGUCAGUAGCGUGGCCAGCGGCAGCAUCCGCAUGACCAGUUUUGCAGAACGCAAAAUGCAGAGGUUUGGUAGCAACCAAGACAUCCGCUCCAGCCCCAGCAGCUCACAGCGGACCACACCAGACGGCUCUGAGAGUUGCCCCCUUUCUUCAACCUUAUGGAGGAUGAAGAGGGACCAGAGCCCUACAUCCCAGAGCAAGGACGGCAACACCAUGCUGGCCUCCGAACUUGUUCAACUUCACAUGCAGCUGGAAGAAAAGCGACGUGCAAUUGAAUCCCAGAAGAAAAAGAUGGAGGUCUUGACGGCAAGAAAACGGCUUAAGCUUGGGAAGGCAGCUUUCCUAGACAUAGUGAAAAAAGGGAAGAGCGACACUCUCCCUCAGCCUGCGCAGUCCGAGUACUUUGUGAGAGAAGGUGAAAAAAUGAAUGAAGAGAAGGAGAAGUCAUCAAAAGACGACUCCUGUGUUGAUGCUACGAGAGAUGGGCGCAAAAAGUCAGAAGAGCCAGAGAAGGCUUCUCUUGAGUGGGCGGGUGGUGGGACGGUUUCCCCUAGUGCCUUAGAUACGGACGAGGAAAUCGAUAUGAACGAGUGCAACCGAUCUAUUGAGCUGCUGAACGAGGCUAUAGGUAACAUUCAGCAACAGAUGAUGCAGCUUUCGCUCCAGCAGGACUUAAUCAUGAAGCAGAAUCCGCAUUCUCCAACGGUGGCUGCUUCGGAACCAAACAGUGACCAAAGUAUUGAACUGAUGGUCAGAGCUCCUGUACAUUUCGUCGAACCAAGUGGCAGCCCCGUGAUACGAAAACCGCCCAAACUUAGUUCGGCACGAUCCCGUUCCAAACCUUCUGAACUGUUGCUGGUUAAAGAAUAUGGUAAAGGGCAGAAGAGCUCCACUCCCACACCUACCGACAGUCCCAGGUCCAUUCAAGGGGGCAGGUCCCCCAAAGCAGAACCCGAGGUUUGGAGUCAAAGCUCUUCAAACAAAGACAAAGGGAAUCAGAAUAUAACUACAUUCCACCUUAACGAUGAAGCUAACUUGAGGACGGUAUCUAGAGAACCGAGUUCUGUAGCACUUGGGCUCACUUUUGACGAAUCAAUAUCCUCAAGAGACCCUGAGGCUACGUUUGAUCAUGAGCCAACGGGGGAUGUCUCGGAGGACGUGUCUAGGGGGAAGCUCAAUCUUAUUGAAGUGGACUUGUCUGAUUUGGCUGCCAAUUCUGAAGACGAAAGUUCCACCGUAUUGGAUGUCACCGGUGAUGAAACUGAUGGGGACAAGAAACCUGGCAUGGGCUUUUUUUUCAAGGACGAGCAGAAGGCAGAGGAUGAACUGGCCAAAAAGCGAGCGGCAUUUCUGUUAAAACAACAGAGGAAAGCAGAAGAAGCGCGUUUCCGCAAACAACAGCUCGAGGUUGAAAGUGAACUUAAAAGAGAUGAAGCCAGACGGAAAGCAGAAGAGGACAGAAUGAGAAAAGAGGAGGAGAAAGCCAGGAGAGAGUUGAUCAAACAGGAAUAUCUGAGACGGAAACAGCAAGAGAUAUUUGAGGAGCAAGAACAGCCCAAACCCAAGCCCAAACCCAAAAAGCAAAGGCCCAAGUCUGUGCUGAAGGAUGAGCCCUCGAACGUGACGCAUCCCAGAAGCCCUGCGGCCAGUAAGUGCUCAGCCAUACAAACUAUUUCAUGUUUUUUCCCAGAAAUUCUUUCAAAUGAUCAACAUCAUUGUGUCUUUGUAGCUGUGAAGCUGUGUUCAUCAGAUGAGAAUCUCAUCAGUGCCAAAUCUGGUUCUAAUCUGUCUCUGGCCUCUGUGUCCACCACCGAACCAGACAGCGUCGACUCAGGAGGGGCGGGAUCUCAACGAGGGGAGUCGGUGGAGUCAUUUCCAGGCCUCAGUCGCAACUCCAGUCGCACUACAGAGAGGGAUUGGGACAACGGUUCCACUGCGUCUUCCAUUACAUCCACAUCCAUGGCGGAGUACACAGGACCGAAGCUUUUCAAGGAGCCGAGUGCAAAAUCCAACAAGCCAAUAAUCCACAACGCCAUCGCUCAUUGCUGUUUAGCAGGAAGGGUGAAUGAGCCACAGAAAAACUCCAUUCUUGAGAUACUGGAGAAGUGCGAAUCCAACCACCUGAUGAUUCUGUUCCGUGACGGCGGCUGCCAGUUUCGAGCUCUUUAUUCUUAUUUCCCCGACACGGAGGACAUUCACAAGCUCACCGGUACAGGGCCCAAGAGCAUCACUAAAAAGAUGAUAGACAAACUCUACAAGUACAGCUCGGACCGCAAGCAGUUCAAUGUAAUCCCCGCCAAGACUGUGUCUGUCAGCGUGGAUGCGCUGACCAUUCAUAACCACCUGUGGCAGGCCAAAAGAUCAGCGGUGCCAAAAAAGAGCGUCAAGUGAAAGCGGCGGGGUGACCGCACUCGAGUUUGGAUUGAGGAGACCGUCUGGACAAGCGAGCAGUCAACGUGAUCUUCAUUUGAAUGUGUUUUGGGCUGAUGUACUUUAUCCACAAUCCGUGGCAUUUUUACACGAUUCGUUUUUUCGUUACUUGAAGUAUUUAUUGGUUUAGCACUGAUUCGCGUUUAUUUAGACAAAGAGCUUCCCUCAUGAUGGUUCGUUAUUCGCUUAUUUUCACCCUUUUCCGUGAGGGUCACGUUAUCUUCAUUUGACUGUCUUGAACAAAAAACUUCUGCUGCCUUUUGAGGAACUCGAAUCAAUGUAAAAAAAUAACUGACUUGCCUUUCAAUCACCCUUUUUUAUUUUGUUUCAAAAGUGCUGCUCCACUUCUAUUGUCAGCGGGACAAUCCCGAGUACACAAACUGUUGGCCUUCAUGGGUUGUGGUACUGUCUAUGUAUUCAGCGCUUUUAAAAGAGCAAGUGAGCUGUAGCCCAGUUUUUGUAAACUCUAACAGACCUGGAUCGAUGUGCUUCUGUUCUCCUGGAAAGGUAGUGACCGCUCUGAUGGACGAGUCUGUACUAUGGUGCACUUAUAAUGUUUUAGUGCUUUAUUUUCAUGCAAUGUAACCAUGUUGAUGUCGGCACUGGAGCUUUCAUGCAGAUGAGCAGCAUGCUCUGUUAUGAAGAGUAAACGCUGUAAACAUUUCGAAUGACAGUAUUUAAUAUAUUCAUAAUCGGUUACUUCCUGUGCUGUCGCUGUGUAGUUAUUUACCAAGGGUUGAAAACAUUCCUCUGAGAACGAAGUGUCAACGCUGUCGAGAACACUCACGCAAGCCUCAUUUGGCGUGGAGAUCAAUCGAGUGUUGCACAUGCACUUUAACUGUUUGGCUCAUGUGUAGAUGGGGUAGAAUUUUAAAGGGCUUUACUAAAACCGUUUCGCUUUGGAUUUUGUCGACGGUUAAUCGAAGGGACUCGUCCGGUAAACACUAUUAAUGCAGAAUAGAGUAAACUGACACACUACUGUUUCCAAAUACUACAUGUUAGAGUCGUCUACACAUUGCUGCAUUUUGUUCACUUUUAAUUGUAUAUUAUGUGUGUUUUUAUAUUGACUAAAAGAUUGUAAUGAUGUUGGUCACUUUUUUAACUACUUUCCAUUCUUGGUCAUUUUGCUUCCUUUAUCAUACCAUUAUUUAUUUUAAAUGAGAAUUUGAGAAUAAUAAAUAUUUCAAGUCAAUAAAUUCAUUCUUAUUUGUUUUCA